AACGAUAUAUUAGCCUUUGUUGCAGAACUGAAGCUUAAUUUCACAUUCAUCCUCAGUUCCAUGGCAUCCCCCAACAACCCAAAAGCCAAUAACAGUACUGAAGAAAGCCAACAUCCCACGAACAAGAACAACCCAAGCAGAGGCUUUGAAGAAAUAGUCUCAACUCUGCCGAGAGGGAAAGGGUGGAGAACGGAGCACCUUCACCAGUACCAAGGCUUCUGGUACGCCACCCGAUUCCUCCCCGGAGUCCUCUCCCUCCAAGCUCACUUCCGCCCUCGACCCACCGACGUCCUCCUCGUCACUUACCCUAAAUCAGGCACCACAUGGCUCAAGGCCCUCGCUCUCUCCCUCACCGGUCGAUCCAAACACCACGACUACUACACCUCCUCCCACCCUCUGCUUGCCGGCAGCCCCCACGACAGCGUGCCCUUCUUGGAGUUUUCCGCCCUCGGGAACCCCACGAACCCGAACCCCGACCUCCCUCUCAUGGCCACCCACAUCCCUUACUCUUCCCUACCCAGGUCAGUUUCGGAGACUAAGUGUCGAAUUGUUUGCCUUCUGAGGGACCCAAAGGACGUGCUUGUUUCUCUGUGGCACUUCACCAGCAAGCACAGAUCCAAGGAGCUGCCGCCCGUCUCCUUAGAAGAAGCGUUUGAGCUGUUCUGCCAAGGGGUGUCGCCCCAGGGGCCCUUCUGGGACCAUGCCCUGGGCUACUGGAAAGCCAGCUUGGAGUACCCAGAAAGAGUUUUGGUCUUGAAAUAUGAGGAGUUGAAGAAGGAGCCUUUUGUUUCAGUGAAGAGACUGGCAGAGUUCUUGGGCUGCCCUUUCACCUCACAGGAAGAGAAAGAAGGCGGCGUCGAUAAGGUGAUUGAGUUUUGCAGUUUUGAGAAGUUGAGCAAUUUGGAGGUGAACAAGACCGGAAAGACGUUCGGCGGCGCCGUUGAGAGUAGUGCUUUUUUCCGGAAAGGUGAGGUUGGGGAUUCGGUGAACCACUUGACUCCUGAGAUGAUAGAGCGUAUUGAUCAAAUUACAAAACAGAAAUUUGAAGCGUUCAAUAUUUAUGCUUAGUUUUGCGGUUUGUUUCUUCAAUAAUUUUUUUUUUCUUUUCUCCUAUUUUUGUGUACUAUCAGCCUUUGCAGCUAGCUUGUUCGUGGUAGCUUUUUGUUUAUUUAAUUUAAAGACUCCCGCCAGAAUGAUUUUUUUUUUUUGCCCUUUUUAAUAUCAAC